GUGUAAGCCUAAAUAUAGUCAUGUGUGAUCUUGUUUGAUUUGUCUUAACAUAUAGAUUAUUAAUAUAUAAUUUCUAUAAUUUUUUAAUAUACAAAUUACAAGAUAAAAUGGAUUAAAGAAGUGCAUUGGAUGGUGUGCAAAAAUGAAAGUGGACAAAUAUCCUGGGACGGAGGGAGUAUNUACUUCCUCCGUCCCACUCUCUUUGUCCACUUUUGACUUUUGAAACUGUUCAUCUAAGCACUUUGACUCAUCAAAUUCUCUCAAUGUGUAAGCCUAAAUAUAGUCAUGUGUGAUCUUGUUUGAUUUGUCUUAACAUAUAGAUUAUUAAUAUAUAAUUUCUAUAAUUUUUUAAUAUACAAAUUACAAGAUAAAAUGGAUUAAAGAAGUGCAUUGGAUGGUGUGCAAAAAUGAAAGUGGACAAAUAUCCUGGGACGGAGGGAGUAUAUUCCACUUAGGAAAAAGAACUGAAAAUGGAACCAGCAUUGAAGUGGGCAGGUAAUCCCAACAUCCUUGUUGCAAUCAAGGCAUUUGGGCUUAAAAGCCACUACCUAGGCUCCCUUGAGAAAAUACAUCUUGAAGAAGGCGAGUCUAGUAAAGCAAAAUCUGAAAAACAAGAAGAGGAAGUAAAGGAAAGUGAGAACAAUAAAGAUGAGCAUGUAGCAAAUGAGUUACCACCCGAAUGGAGAACUUCAAGACAUCAUCCACUCGACAAUGUUAUCGGUGAAAUCUCAAAAGGGACAAAGGGGUUUGAAUUUCUUAGUACCGAAUCGGACUCUGAGACAGCUUUUUGGAGGAUCAAGAGGGCGACGGUAAUGAGAGUCAAGAUUGAUACUGAGGAGGAACGUGAGGAAGCAGGCCCUUCUCAUUCUCGUGUAGCUUCACGAAGUAAAAAGGUCACCUUGCCUAUGCUAUUUGAGUCAUUGCAAAGCCUCCAAUCUUCCUUCGACCACACUCAACUCCAACAGGCCACAUAUGGUUAUAACUUGAACAAGAUGUUGGUUAAGAAUGGCGAGCAAUGGGAAACACCGUCCAUGGAAGCUCUAGUGCCUUACAUGCCUCGGAGUUCUUCUUCUCAUGCCGCUCCUUCUGAUGAUGAUGGUGAUGAAGACAAUGAGGAUGAUGAAGAGGUCCACACUACUAUCGUCGGUUUGGACCUUCUUGGUUAUGUCGAUGGUUCCGUUCACGCCCCAUCACCGUUUUCGGAUGCUGCGCACAAGCAGCCCAACCCUGCGUACACUUGCUGGUACCGUCAGGAUGCCAUACUUCUCAGCACUCUCCUUGGCAGUUGCACAGAUGCUGUCCAGCCUGUGAUAUCCCUAGCGGAAACAUCAGCCGAUGCCUGGUCUCGGUUGGCCGUGAGUCUCGCCAAUAUGUCCCGUGGGCGUAUUAUUUCUCUCAAGUCCAAGUUGGCGAAUAAUCCCCGCCGAAACCGCACCAUUGAAGCCUUUAUUGCGGAUAUGACAACGAUUACGUCCGACCUUGCUUUAGCUGGUAGCCCUGUCACUGAUGAAGAUCUUGCAGGUCAUAUUAUGUCUCAACUUGGCGAUGAUUACUCUUCGGUCUAUCAGUCAUUGAGGGGGCGGAAUGAUGAUAUUUCCCUUGAUGAGCUCUCCACGAUUUUGAAGGAUUGUGAACGUGAGAUUCAUGACCGCUCUGCUGCCUCGUCUGACCUAGUUCCCACAGCCAAUCAUGCCCAACGUAUGCAUGGCAGUGAUCAUCGUGGUGGUACUUUCGGCUGUGGCAGUCAAUCGGGUGCCUCUCGCAGCGGCAUGCGUGGACGUGGUUCUUCUAAUCCUACACGUGGUGGCCGAUAUUGUCAAUUUUGUGACUAUCCGGGUCAUGAUACGAAGUUUUGUCGUAAACUUCAACGUUUCUUGAAGGAGCAUAAUGUUUCCAUUGGCUCUGCACUGCUCGCUACUCCAACGACUCACAUGAUCGUCUCACUCGGAGGGGUAGGCAUGGGGAUGGUUAGGGCAGUUUGUGGAGGGAUGAUGGGCAUGGUUUUGGAAGAGUUUGGAGGCAGGGGUAUUGAGAGGGUUUUGGGGUUCGUUUGUGCAGGGGUUAGAGAUAAAAAGGAGGUUGUUAUUGAGGAGUAUUGGGGCAUGGGUGUUGAGGUUAUAUUGGGGACAAAUUGGGCAGUAGUUGUGGAAGGUAAUGGCAUGGAGUUAAGUGGUUUUUGAGCCAUAGGGGGUGAAUGGAAUAAAGAGAGGGUUUUAUU